CAACGUUACCCUCUACUAGGGUGGUUACUACUGUAAAUCUCUCACCAGUUGCAUCAGGUCACAACAGGGGUGUCAGCCAAAUGGGAGCCGAUUCGACCAAGUUUCCUGCGUGUUUUUUCACCUUUAACGUUAUUCUGCUCUGUGUGUCAGCCUCCCUUUCCUCCUCUCAAGUGACAACCGAAAGUCGAACUUGUAAUGAUGGCACCUACGAACAUGAAGGGAUGACCUGUUGUCGGUGCGGUGCUGGUCUGUACCUGAAGCAGCACUGCACGAAUCUACAAGUUGGAAUAUGCAAGGCCUGUGAUCCAAUGACGUACAACAGUCAGCCUAACAACCAGCAGUCCUGUGAGCCCUGCACAUCUUGCGCACAACCCAAUGCCAAUCUAGAGGUGGAUGAACACUGCACCCCCGCCAGGGACACAAAGUGUCGAUGUAAAAAGGAUCACUAUUGCAGCAGUGGCACAGAAACCUGUAGGAUCUGCUACCCAUGUAAAGAGUGUGGUCCUGAGGGCGUCAAAGUAGCCUGUACAGCGAGAAACGACACAGUCUGCAAUGAGAAAACUGAUGGGGGAGAUAACACAGGGAUGAUAGUCGGUAUAGUUGUCGUUGUACUUGGAGUACUCGUACUUGGUCUUGUUGCAUACUGUUGGAAGAUACAUAAUGGCUGGAAGAGACAGCCGAUCCCAGAAAGAGAGAUGAAUGGAAAUGCACAUGAUGUGGAGAUGCAGCCACUCACAGAAGUCCCAGUUGUGGAUCUCCGGCCUAAAUUGCAUGACCUUGCAGAAGAGAUAGGAUGGACGGAUAUGCACUAUGUAGCAACGCAGAGCUGUAUAACACCCGCUGUUAUUGAAUCUUGUCAACUGGACCACAUCAGAAGUCUGGACCAGACAUACCGACUUCUGGAGAUCUUUGUGGAGAAGCAGGGCAGGAAUGCCUCAAAGAAGCUUGUCGAAAUCCUACGGAGAGGUGAAAAAAGGGGCGCAGAGGAAAGGGUGAUGGAAAUAAUUUCUAGAGAAAAUCCUUCAGCUUGAAUGUGUCUGUUGUGAGCACUUUUUAUGACUGUACUUGAACUUUUUUGCCAUUUUCCUCAAGUGUGGAGUAAACCAGAAAUAUGCCAUGCACUGUUUGUGACACCAUUUGUAUAUUGUGCAGUAAACUAAUAAAUGUAUUAAUAGUAAAAGUGUCACAGGGAUUUUGAUCUGUAUGUAUUGUCUGGUCUCGUAUUGAUCGUCUAAUGUUCAUAGAUAGCUGUUUUUUCUGUUCACGUGUCCUUCCAUAAUCUCAAACCAAAGUACAACAGUACAUCUUAACUUCUGAGAACUAUCAAACUUUUAUUGCUGUUUUCUCAGGCUUGUUGCAGAAACAGUUCUCUAGUUAUUUAAUAAGUUCUAUAUUUAAAAGGUUUUGUAAGUAUCAAAAGUCUAAACUAAAAUAUAGGCCAUCUGUAUCGUAUUUAUAAGUACUUAACAAAACAGUAUGGGGUGCAGUGAUGUUACUUUGUUACAGAUUAAGAGCAUAAGUUGAAUAAUUAUUGAGUAUCCUGAAAUAAGUACCAAUAAACCUACAUUA